AGGGCAGGGGAAGGCGUGGCUUGGGGGAGGGGGAGUCCGAAGGGGCACGUGACGGAGGAGGGGCCUGGUUUGACCACGCCCUCUUUAGGGCAGGGACACGCCCCAUCGUGCUGCCCUCCAUCCCACCCCUUCCUGGGCUGAGGGAAGAGUGAUAGACUUCCCCAGCAGGUGCAAGCCCAGGGUGGGCAGCAUGGCCCCCCUGAGCCUGGGGGAGCGUGGGAGGGGAACUUCCUCCCCCCUGCCCGAGAAAGUAGCAUCCCUAGUAGUUGCCAUGGCAACAAGGAGGAGGUGAUGGGCAGGCUAGUACCCAGAGGUGACAGCUGACUCCUCUCCAAGACAGGACCCCCCCCCCUUGGCUUGAGCCCCUCGCUGCCAUGGCCCUGCCGAGAGGCCCCCCGGGGCUGCUGCUGACCUUGACUCUGCACUCCGCCCUGAGCCUGAGCCCCCCGCCCCACAUCCCCUUCUUCCCCCACUGGGACUACUGCAUCGUGGGCGCCGGCCCCGCGGGCCUGCAGAUGGCCUACUUUCUGGGCCAGGCGGGCAGGGACUACGUGGUGUUCGAGCGGGCAGGGGCGCCGGGCAGCUUCUUCGUCCGCUACCCCCGCCACCGCAAGCUCAUCAGCAUCAACAAGCGGUACACGGGCAAGGUGAACAGCGAGUUCAACCUGCGCCACGACUGGAACUCGCUGCUGAGCCACGACCCGCGCCGCCUCUUCAGGCGCUACUCCAAGGAGUACUUCCCCCGGGCCGAGGACAUGCUGCGCUACCUGGGGGACUUUGCGGGCAGCCUCGGCCUGCAGGUGCGCUACCACACGGCCAUCGUCCGCGUCACGCUCAGCAAGAGCCCCCGCGCCUGGAACGGCCACUUCUUCCUCCUGGCCGACCACAGGGGCCAGAGCUACCAGUGCAGUGUGCUCUUGGUGGCUACAGGUGUGUCAAUCCCCAAUGAGAUCGACUUCCCAGGAUCAGAAUAUGUGGAGGGCUAUGAAUCAGUGUCUAUUGACCCAGAGGACUUUGUGGGCCAAAAUGUACUGAUCCUGGGCCGUGGGAACUCAGCCUUUGAGACAGCUGAAAACAUCCUCGGUUAUACCAACUUCAUCCACAUGGUGGGCCGUUCUCGGAUCCGCCUCUCCUGGGCCACCCACUACGUUGGGGACCUGAGAGCGGUCAACAAUGGCCUCCUGGACACUUACCAGCUGAAGUCAUUGGACGGACUGCUGGAAACGGACUUGAAGGACCUGGCCAUCGUGAAGGACCAUAAGGGCAGACUGCACAUCACCCUGCAGGUCUUCCUGGACAAAGCCAGCCAGAACAUCAGCGCCGAGACUGUCUCCCUGCCCCAGGAUGAGGUGGACAACUUUGCAAUGCGCGUGCCCUACGACCGCGUAAUCCGCUGCCUGGGUUUCACCUUCGACUUCUCGAUCUUCAGCAGCACUCUCGGGCUGGAACCGGGGAAAGGGCAAAAGAAAAAGUACCCGCUGAUCAAAGGCAGCUACGAGUCCAAGAAAACGCGUGGGCUCUUUGUCCUGGGCACCGCCAGCCACUCUGUGGACUACAGGAAAUCUGCCGGAGGUUUCAUCCACGGAUUCCGAUACACAGCGCGAGCAGUUCACCGGCUACUGGAACACCGCCAUCAUGGCAUCCCCUGGCCUUCUCCCGUGUAUCCCAUCACCCAGCUCACCAACGCCAUUAUCCGCCGGGUGAACGAGGCCUCGGGCCUGUACCAGAUGUUCAGUGUGCUGGCAGACGUCAUCCUUCUGAAGGAGAAGGCCACAGGCUUCGAGUACCUGGAGGAGUUCCCCAUCCGCAUGCUGGCAGAGCUGGAGACCCUCACGGGCCGGGAAGCCCAGCACGGGCUCUUCGUCGUCACCAUGGAGUAUGGCAAGAAUUUCUCGGGGCCAGACAAAGACGUCUUCUAUUACGACCGCGCCGUGGGGGACGUGCAGGACGCCUGGCAAUCCAACUUCCUUCACCCGGUCAUCUACUACUAUCACUGCCUCCCCACCGAGAAGGAGAUGGCAUCCCGGUCCCCGGGCUGGCCCUUGCCUCGCCCUGUCGCCAUCCACCACAUUGUGGAGGAUUUCCUCACGGACUGGACGGCGCCCAUCGCCCACAUCCUCCCCCUGAGGCGAUUCUUGGAAAACUGCUUGAACAGUGACCUUCGAAGCUUCUAUGCAGAGUCCUGCUUCCUGUUUGCCCUAACACGCCAGAAGCUGCCCCCCUUCUGCCAGCAUGGCUACAUGAACAUGCAAGGGCUCCUGGGGAAUGAGAGGCUCCGGCGCCACGCCGUCGAAAGCGGUCUCAUGGAGGACUUUGCGGCUAUGGACGAACAGCCAGCAGACUGGAAGCCGGGAGAACCCAGGGCUCCGGAUCACCCACCCCAGCACGCCGCCAGCAUUAGGGAGGAGCUCUGACCUGUGAGAGACUCAGGCUCAACACCCGACCUUCGACUGCCAAAGACCCGCUCUGACCAUUGUUAGCCAUAGGAGUGGGGGGGAAGUGCCGGGACGAGGUGCCCUCUGUGCAGAACCAGGUGCCCGAGCCCCCGGUCCUCCCCAGGGUGGGAGCUGCUGCCUCCGUCCAAUGAUCACUGAAUGCCCAUGGGGCCUCAUGGUGACCCCUUUGACCCAGCUGUUCCCUCUCCUUCAAGGAGGGGUGGGGGGUGGUUACUCUGAGGACCCACCUCACAGGUAACGGCCUGUCCUCCCAGGAGCACCCUUCCCCUAUGUCCCACCAAUCAGGCAUUGGGUCUCAGAGCCCAGGGUGCCCCAGGGGCUUGGAGGGCACACCCCAGAGGUCAGCUCAUCCUCCCCUCCGAUUCCCCACGAGAUACUCUCUCUGCCCCCCAGCCCACGUCCGGCCUGGUGUUCGUCCCACUUCAUGUCCAUGCCUUUCCAGGGAACCCUGCCUGCACCACACCGAGGUGUUUCUACUCCCUCUGUCCCCUUGGCAUCCGGCACGACAACCCACCCUCUCCUAAGGAUAGAUUGUGAUCAUGCUGUCUCUUCUCCACAAAAUAACAUGUAAUUAGUUCUUUGGUCCUGUCUCCAUAAUUCUUUGCGCAGAACAGUUCUACGUCACUGGCCGGAGCAUUUUCUGACAGUGAGGUGGUGAACCCGGCUUUUCACUGAAACCGAGAGGUUUCCUUUCUCUCUCCAUCUUCUCUUUCACUUCCCAUUGGUCUUGCCCACUUCCUUCUUGGGAUGAGUCCAUUCCCCUUCUCCAGACGCCAUGGACACCUUUGCGAUAUUGCUUCAGUCUGAAGCAAACUGAGGGAGCCGGGGGCCCAGAUUCACUGGGCUGCAGCCAGGGGUUCUGACCCACAAUCCUCUAGUUCCUCUUUUGUACCAAGCCACUCUAACCCUUACAUAAAUAAAGGGGAAAAAAAACUUUCUUUUUGUCUGGAUCACAAGUGAACAAUUAUGUGCAUUUGUGAAUUAGGGAGUUCUCCAACUGGAAUAUGAAGGUGACCCUCUGGCGGUCAGCUCUCCUCAGGAAGGACAGAGCAGUUCUCUUGGCCCUGGCAGCACGCAGGUAGUCAUGUUUUCCUCCCGCGAGAUUAGGCCGACGGCACUCAAAUUUUCUCCUGCAUCUCAUUGUGCUCCAGCGCAGGACAGCUCUUUCCUUAAGUCCAAAUGCCAAGGUGAGCCCCCCCUUGAGCUGCGUGUCCUGGGCUCCCACCCCCACCUUCUCUCUGCCCCGUUGUCCAGACCCACAGUUCCCUAGCAUCCUCUGAGCAGAAGCUCCUCUGUUCUGCAGUGGACACAGCAAAAUAGUCAGGGAGCAAUCGUUGGUGGCAACAGUUAAAUGACCCUGACCCCACGGAUGGGAUAAGUUGUGUCUGGUUGCUUUUAGGAGUAGUCACUAGUAAGAGUCUCAUUGCAAAAGGAUGGAACUGGGGCAGCUAGAUGGUGCAGUGGGAAGAGCACCAGCCC